AUGAGCAAACGCAAGUGCGUCAAUCGGACGGAGCAAGAGAAGAUUGAGCUACUGAAGGAGUGGAGAGACAACCCGUCAUGGGACAUCCACGAGGCAUCACGACGGCUUAAAGUGAAGGAGCCGACGCUCCGCGGAUGGAAAAAGCUUUAUUGGCACCGUUUGGACAGCAUUGAGGGCUCUAAGCGGAAGCGGAAGAAAGGAAAUGGCCCGGGUCCGCGUCGCAAGCUAAAACCGUACGAAGACCGAGUUGUUGAUUACUUCGUUAGCUUGCGCGAGGAAGGCAAGUGCCGUUUUGGGGAUAUGCUGUUUUACUGCCAGAACAUUGAUAAUUUCAUGAGAGAUUUUCCGGAACUCAGUGGCCAGAAAUCAUGGGUUGAUCGCUUUAUUAAGUACUACUCCAAACAGUUGGAUUCCCAAGAUGGCGAAGUACCUGGCGGAGUUAAAACCCAUUCUGGCGGCGAUGGAGCUAAUUCGGGCGAUGGUGGAGCUAAUUUGGACGGAGUUGACGGCGAUAGAGCUAAUCUGGACGGUGGUGGAGUUAAUUCGAGCGGUGGUGACGGCGACGGAGCUAAUUCGGACGGUGGUGGAGCUAAUUCGGGCGGCGGUGGAGGUAAUUCAGACGAUAGUGGAGCUAAUGCGGACGGCGGUGGAGGUAAUGCGGAAAGUGGUGGAGUUAAUUCGAGUGGUGGUGACGGCGACGGAGCUAACUCGUACAGCGACGGAGCUAAUUCGGGCUGUGAUGGAUCAAAAUCAGACAAAGGAGCCCCUAAAUUGGACAUAAGAGGCGCUAACACGGACGGCGAUCGAGAUAAAUCGGACAGCGGCGCUAACAAGGGCGGUCAUGGGAGAAAAGACCGAGUUCGUGCAGCAAGAAGUGGUGGUAAUGCCGCGCAAAAUGCCCGAGUAGAUGACAGUGACGAGAACGGGGAUCACAGCGUUGAUGAAAGCGUCCCUGGUGAAGUGCCAAUCGCUCGUAGGAAAGGUGCAGGUGCGGCACACAACGUGAACGAGCUUUCCGGUCAUGAUGAUUUUUUGUUUGGUGGCACUGGAAAUGUUAGCAGUGAUGAGAGUGCUGCUAGCAGUGGUUGUGCGAGUGAUUCGGAUGAUAGUCUAUUCGAGAUCGAUACUCAUGAAAAGAAGGCACCCGCUUGCCCAAAGAAGCAGAUUUUCUUCAGGAAGCCGCAUCUGUGCGCCGUCAAAGCGUUUGCAUAA